AUGGCCGCAGAACAAAGGAAGCUGCUUGAGCAGCUCAUGGGCGCAGGAGCCUCGUCCCGAUCCUCCCAACUAUCCAUCACGGACCCCAAAAUCUGCCGGUCCUUCCUCGCUGGCACCUGUCCGCACGACCUCUUCACAAACACCAAACAAGACCUGGGCCCCUGCCCAAAAGUCCACUCCGAGCCCCUCAAGACAGAGUACGAGGCCGCGUCGCCAUCAGAGAAGCAGAAAUGGGGGUUCGAGUACGACUACAUGCGCGACCUACAAAAAUACAUUGACGAAUGCAAUCGUCGAAUUGACAUUGCGCAGAGGAGGCUGGAGAAGACGCCCGAUGAGAUCAGACAGACCAAUGCGCUGCUAAAGCAAAUCUCGGACCUCUCGAAAAGCGUUGAGACAGGCUUGAUGGAGAUCCAGGUCUUAGGCGAACAAUCUGAAGUAUCACGGGCUUACGAAGAGUUUUUUCGCAUUCGGACGGCGAUGCAGAGCAAAGCGGACAAGGAGCGGGAAUUGAAGGCGCUAUCAGAUACCAGUGGACCUAGCGGACAUCAAAAGUUGCAGGUUUGCGAUGUGUGUGGCGCGUAUCUUAGUAGGCUUGAUAAUGACCGACGGUUGGCGGAUCACUUUUAUGGAAAGAUGCAUUUGGGCUAUGCGCAGAUGCGGAAGACUUACGAAGCGUUCCCUAAGGAGUUGAGGACAAGGAAUAGACCGAUGCAAGACGAUGGGGAGAAUAGUCCGGGACCCAGAGGUGGGUAUGAUGGUGGUUACAAUGAUGGCGGCUUUGGAGGUCGAGGGUUUGGUGGAAGAGGAGGUGGCAGAGGGGGGUGGAUUCAGGGGAAGAGGGAGAGGUUUCCGAGGAGGAUGGUAAUCAAAAGUCUGGCGUUUGUGCAAAUAUCGAGAGGGGGCGUUCAGGUGCGAUUUCAUGUACAUCUAUUGAUCAUCGAAUCCUUUUGA